AUCUCUUUUUUUCUUUUUCUUCUUUCUUUCUUCCUUCCCAGCCAUUUUCGCGUCUGCUUUGUUCUUUCUUCCUCUGCAGCCGAACACCACCAGCCUUCACCGACACCUACUUCUCUCGGAAAUUGGUAAGAGAACUUGAUGAUUUUUGUUCUCCUUUUGCCCAAGAACAAGUCUAGAACUUAGAACUUCUCUCUCUUGCAGAAAAGCCAUCGGAUCUGCUCUGCUUCUCCCUUCCCUGCUGCCGGCUGUUGCUGGGUAUAAGCUCCGGUUUUUCCUGUGGUUCCCGAAUUUCUCCCCAAUUUUCCCGCCGGCUCUUCCCCUCAAUCUGCAGCUCCAGCUUGCUAGUUGAGGAUUUUUGAUAUUAAUUGGGAACAUUGUGAUUAGGUCCUUGAUUGUCCUGUGGCCUUAGCACUGGGAUUAGGCCUUCUGUCCUGUGUAAUUAAGGUAAGUAAAUUAUGGUAAAGCCCUUCGAUUUUAAAACAUGUUUUAAAUUGUUUUUGAGAUGGUGGCAAGGUUUAAAUUGAUUUUAUCAGCAUCUGAGUGUGAUUUAACUGAAAUGAAACUUGUGAUGAUUUUUAUGAAAGAUUAUUAUUUUCUAGAAUUGAGCAUGAUUGGAAUGAAAAUGAGAAUUUCAUUGUUUUCUGGAAUUGAGCAUGAUUGGAAUGAAAAUGAGAAUUUUAUUGUUUUCUGGAAUUGAGCAUGAUUGGAAUGAAAAUGGGAAUUUCAUUGUUUUCUAGAAUUGAGCAUGCCCACAUGAGAUUCUUCGGUUUAUUUUUGAAAGUGAGAACGAUCGUGAAUCAUGGUUUCUGUAAAUCUUGCUUGGUUUUGUCUCCGAUAUGGUCGUGUAAUCGUGACCCCGUUAGUGGGGGAGGUUACAAACGCUAGCACAUGUCGACAUGUUCGUGAUAGAACCGGUUCGCUCGUGGCCCUACUAGUGGGGAUUAUACACUAGCACUCGUGGCCCUACUAGUGGGGAUUAUACACUAGUACUCGUGUGCCUACCAAUGGGAGGUUUAUAACACUGGCCAUGACUAAUAGAGGAGACCACUACGU